AUGAACGCCUCGAGAGUCGAGGGAAUCACGAUCGGUCGAGAGGAUCAGGCACCAGUCCCGACCGUGGCAUCUAGCUACGAUAGAACGUGGUGGGUGGUGGUUGUUGUACCUGACACAGAUGCGGAGAUCAGCCAGGGGGAAGCAUCACACGCGGAUCAACACUUACAGGCGAGGCUUAGGGGGAAACACACACACACAUACACCAACACAAGGGAACGAGUGAACGACCGAACCACAACAACAAAGGAGAGAGAGAUCAGUGUACAGCAGAACAGAACCAGCGAGAGAAAGAAGAAGAGAGGAGAGGGGGUUGGGAAAGGAAACAAAAGUGGGGAGCUCAGCCCUCGACUCCAAAUGGGGAAUGGUGUGGAUGGGAGAAAGGCGGUGGCAACCUGGGUUUCUUUGACAGAGCCCAUCCACGCGCUCCGUGAGGCUACUCCCAGGAUGGGCAGACGGGAUCGGAAUCCAGUCCACGGACGCCCGGGGCCUGUGCCCGAAUGGCCAAUUCCGUGCGAGGCCAGGCUUCUUGACUCAGUCUACGCAAGGGGGCCAGGGAAAAGAGCGUGGCAUCUGCAGGCGAGAGCAGGGAGUGGAGACACGAGGAAGCGUGUAGCGCGCCAGGAUGUGACAGCGAGUAUCGCGGGCGCUUUGUUGUUUCAGUCCGUUCGUGGUGGUUCUGGGGGGACUAGAACCAGGGAUCGGAGAAAAACAGCGGUGUACCUCCCGCCACAAGUCUGGCCCCUGAUCCACCAACGUUAUGACGAGCAGAUGGAGGGGGAACUGGAAGGAUGCCCACAGAGUAGUCCCGUCGAGGCCCAGGAUUGGUUCUGUAUGCUCGACACUGGGAUCGUCCUGGAUCCGAGCUAUACCAGCACCCACGAGGAGGGCGAUGGAAGAUUUCCAAUCAAUGAGAUCAUAAUCAGCAUAGUAAUCAUAAUCGACGGGCACUGGAUGUACACGAACGAGUCCCCCGCACUGUGGCAAGGGACUUGCGGUCAAUCGUUGCCCGCCACAGAACAAGAAUGCUCGCGAUGA